AUGACAAGUGCUACUGACCAAUUAAAGAGCACGAGGAAUACAAAAUGCUUUUGGAUUUUGCAAGGGGAAGAUCGCUCUGCGAAAUCUGAGGAGAAGGAAUUGGAAUUGGGAGAAGCUGGAGAAGGGGAGACUGGUUGGGAACCUAUUACAUUGGCCCCUGUGGACAGGGCAAUAGGGACCGAGCAAUCAAACAGAAAGGAGACUGAAAGUCUAAAGGCCCAGUUGUUUAACCUGUUACCCUCCCCGAAGUAUCAGUUCUUUUUACCAGCCUCAGUGCCUCCUCCAACCUCAGCGCCGUCUCCGGCCUCAGGGCCGCCUGCAGCCUCAGGGCCGCCUGCAGCCUCAGCGCCGCCUGCAGCCUCAGCGCCGCCUGCAGCCUCAGGGCCGCCUCCAGCCUCAGGGCCGCCUGCAGCCUCACCUCAGCGCCGCCUGCAGCCUCAGGGCCGCCUCCAGCCUCAGGGCCGCCUGCAGCCUCAGCGCCGCCUCCGGCCUCAGGGCCGCCUGCAGCCUCAGGGCCGCCUCCAGCCUCAGGGCCGCCUGCAGCCUCAGCGCCGCCUCCAGCCUCAGCGCCGCCUGCAGCCUCAGGGCCGCCUGCAGCCUCAGGGCCGCCUCCAGCCUCAGCGCCGCCUCCAGCCUCAGGGCCGCCUCCAGCCUCAGCGCCGCCUGCAGCCUCAGGGCCGCCUCCAGCCUCAGGGCCGCCUGCAGCCUCAGCGCCGCCUGCAGCCUCAGGGCCGCCUGCAGCCUCAGGGCCGCCUGCAGCCUCAGCGCCGCCUGCAGCCUCAGGGCCGCCUGCAGCCUCAGGGCCGCCUGCAGCCUCAGGGCCGCCUCCAGCCUCAGCGCCGCCUGCAGCCUCAGCGCCGCCUGCAGCCUCAGCGCCGCCUGCAGCCUCAGGGCCGCCUCCAGCCUCAGGGCCGCCUGCAGCCUCAGCGCCGCCUGCAGCCUCAGCGCCGCCUGCAGCCUCAGGGCCGCCUGCAGCCUCAGCGCCGCCUGCAGCCUCAGCGCCGCCUGCAGCCUCAGGGCCGCCUGCAGCCUCAGCGCCGAACUGCACAGGAAGUCGCACAGGAAAUGUCUACUGUGCAACUGAGAAAAGACGAGGCAGGGCCUGGAGUCCAGAGGAUCUGGGCUCUACUGUAG